AAACUAGAAAACGUGAAAGGAUGAAGAGGACAGGUUCACUUGUAUUCCUUGUCAGCUUGCUUAUUAUAUUUGUGGCAGUUGUGAAUCAGACAAGAGCAGAGUCAUGCAACGAUAUCCUAGGCACUUGUGAAAACUGCGACGAAAGGUGUAAGGCCAAGUACGGGCCCUCGUGCAUUAGCAGAUGCGACGGACUAUAUGGGGUAUUUUUGUGCACAUGCACUUACGAGUGUGUGCCACCUUCACCCCCUUCACCCCCUUCACCCCCUAAAGUUUGUAACGGUGGAACUAGUACAAUGUGCAGUGAAAAUUGUCCUGAGAAAUGUUGUGAUACGAACUGCGCACAAAAAUAUAGUGGUGGACGUGGAUUUUGUAAUUCCCUUGGUAAUUUUAAUUUGUGCCAAUGUCAGUAUCCUUGCUAAAACAGGUUGACAAAACUUGAAUAAAAAAUCGUCUUUCUUUUCAUCUUUUGUUAUUGUAAAUUCAAGAAUAUGGCUAUAAAGUUUACA